AUGGGCAGCACCAAACCGGACUUCUCCUAUGCACUGCAGCAGCUCCCACAGCCGGUGGGGGAGGGGGCAGGGGAGCGGCUCUUUUUCUACGCGCAUGUUCAACGACGGAACUGCAAAGCCGCUGUGAAGGCUCAGUGCUCCGAUGACACCGCGGAUCUCUACCGUCCCGCGAUGGGGCUGCUCGCCAAGCGCAUGUCGACGCGACGUGCACUCUUGGAUGCUGUGGCAGCAACGCCGCGCGUGCCGUCGGUGCAGCGAGAUGAGCCCGCAGCGAUCCAAUCGUCAACUUCGGCACUGCCGCGUUGCUGGCAGAAAUUUCUCUCCCGCACCGCCGAGCGUGAACGACAGCGACUCGCACGACUGCGAAAUCUGAAGCUGCAGGUAGUCGAGAGUGCAGUGGAGGAGUGUACUUUCCGUCCGCGCCUCUCGCCUCAAACGAGUCGAUGCCCUGCGCGUGACUGUGAUAGCUCGGGCGCAGCACCGCACGCGACCUCCUCCACUACCGUUAUCAAUGGCGAGGAGCGAAGCUCCCAUGCCCGCACGGAGGAAUGGGCGGCUACACUUGCCAUGUUCGAGGUCGAGAUGCAAGCGCUGCAGAACACACUGGUGCGCUUUCGCCCAACGUGA